AUGACACAUCAUCUCUUCACCGAUCCAUUUGGCAUUCGUACAUUCAAGUCGGCGCCAACGCCACCUCCGGAACCGAAUCCACCUAAACAAGAAGCGCCGCCCAUGCAACCACAAUAUGGAUGUUACUAUGCUGCCGUUCCUUCCACUCCAAUGAUCAUGGUCUACUAUCCGCAGCCAGUGAUGAUGUCCUCGACACAAGUGCAAGCUCCUCCUCAAAAUCCCAAGACGUAA